AUAAGCACCUACACAACAAUAAUAAUAAUAAUAUUUAAUAACACGUCCGUCUUGUGAGCGCCGCAGUGGUCGUGUGUGGCUGUGGGCUUUGCCGAGGCGACGGCGGUGUUACUAUGUGUCACCCAUCUCCUCCUCGCAGACGUGUAAUAAAAAUAUGUUCGUCGUUUCUUCUGCCCCACCACCCGUCCGCCGACGCCAGCAACAGCAUCGCCGGUUCCGUUACUCAACCGCAACGUGAGUCAUUCCAGAAAUAAACAUCAUCAAACACCACUCGUACCGCAGAGACGCCGUCAUAUACCUACACCUGCGCGCACGCACUCGCACACAUAUGUAGGUACCUAUACACACGGUACGCACACCGUGCCGACACGUACGUCCUAGAUCGUCGUCGUUCGUUCGUGCGCCUUUUCGCGUUUUUACGGCAUUCGAUCGCGUUUUGGUUUUUUUUGCGUGGGCUGCCGCUGAACAGGGAUGUCUUCGUGAACGCUCGAUUCCGUUCGAUGGGCCGAAGUUUGGUGGCCGGCAGGUGAACGGAACAAAACUCGGUCGUAACCGCAGUGCACGAGAGACACCGAGCUAUGUCUAUUAUCAUCGACCGUCUGUAUGAUGCAAGAUAAUGACACGAAGGACUCGGCCGAUUAUCGUUAUGAAGCGACCGAAACGGUGAGGAACAUUUUGAAAAGGCAGCUGCUUACCACCGAUUUGUUCCAACAGACGUUUUUGACCACCAUACUCUCUGCGUUGGAUAAUCACACCGUCAACAAUAACAGCGUUAUCAAUACGUGGUUGGACACGCUGCUUGAUUUCAUCGAAUUCUUACCUGUUGACUGUUUACAAAGAGAGAUUUUACCAUUUGCUAUUGAGAGAAGUGAUCUUUCCAGGCCCGAAUCAUUGCGUUUAAUAAGUUGCAGGAUUUUUGGAUCUCUUGCCCCUAAACUAAAUGCAUAUAUUAUUAAACGUGAAAUAUGGCCAUGCAUUUUAUCACUUUGUCAAGAUGAAAGUGUUCUAGUAAGAAAGACAGUUUGCCAAGAGCUAAGUAAAGUGAGCGCAUUUCUUAAAGACAACACAGAAAAUUCAAAAGACUGUAUUUUGCUGCCAGCAAUUGUGGAUUUAGCUAAUAAUGCUGAUUAUGGUGUCAAAGUUGCUCUGCUCGAUGUCAUAGUAGAUAUAAUACCAUGUUUUCCCAGGGAAAUAAUUGUCACCGUUGUGGUGCCAAUGGUUAAAAAACUAAUUGACACAGAUUUUAAUAAAAGUAAUUUCCUAGUGGUGGCAGUUGCCAAGAAUUUUGGUGUCAUUUGUAAAGCCCUUAAAGAUUAUUUAAGUUUUGAAGAUGUAUCUUGGUUUGUCAAUAAAUAUACAGAUUUAUUGAAAAUUGAUUGCAAAACUGAGUAUAGUAAUAAUGAUCAUAUUAUUUGUGAUAAGCCAUAUUUGACUAUUCAAAAACUCUGUGCUAUCAGUCUUACAGAAAUCAUACUUUUAAGUUCAUCAGACAAGGGUAGUACAACUUUGUUAAUUUAUCUUAUCAAUCAUUUGGUUGAUUUGGUCUCAGAAGAUUAUGUAGAGAUAAGAAUAGCUUUGGUUGAUAUUAUCAAAGAAGUUUUGGUAUCUUUAAAUGAUAAAGUGGUAUUGAUUUCUUCAGUGUUAAUGAAAAUGUUGUCAGAGAGAGACAUAAAAGUUUUAAAAGUAAUGAUUCCUAAUUUAAGCUUUAUGAUUACGAAAAUGAAAUAUCAAGAACAAGUUUUAAAAUCACUGAUGCUCUUAGAAGAAUAUUUAUUUGCCCAAUACAACUGGAGACUGUACGCAGAGUUUUUGCACCAGGUAAUGGUUUUACCUACAUGUUACACAUCUGACCAAGUAUUUUAUGUUGGAAAAGUAAUGCUCAAUCGAUUGGAAUGUGUUAGACAAAAACCAAUUAGAGAAGCUGUUUGUACAUUGCUAUUGACAAUUUUACGUUAUAAUUUAGAUGAAAGCCAAAGAACACUACUACGUGAACAUCUCAUUGAUUGUACGGUUCAAAAUCCAAAUUUCUACAAAAGAUCAUUUUACAUAUUUAUUUGUCAAGAAGCUUUGAAUAUAUUUUCCACAGCAUAUUUUAAAAAACACUUUUUCUUACCUUUACUUACUUUAGCAGAUGAUAAGGUUGCAAAUGUUAGAUAUAGCUUAUGUAAUAUAAUGUCCAACAUAGUAAAUAUAUUUAAGAUAUCGACUGAAAAACCUUUAGUUGAUAAAUUGAUUGAUACUAUAAACAAACUUUUAAUUGAUGGAGAUCGAACUGUCCAAGAACAACGUCCACUUUUAGAAUAUUGCAAUACUACAAUUGGUCACAUACUACGGGGCAAGAAAAUGUCUGAAUACACAGAAACUGAUGAAGAUAUAAUCAAAUUUAGUGAAGAAUCUCGUUUAUUGCUUUUGAAAUCAACUGAACGUAUUCAAUUGGACAAUGGUGGUGUGUUCUUAAGAAGUUUAAUUGAAGAAAAGAUGUUUACGAGCCAAAUAGAUGAAUGUUCAAGAACAUCAAAUGAAGAUGAUAAAGUUACUUUGGUUGGUAAAAAGUCAUUUAUGUUGGAAUCUGAGUUCAUCAAAGACACUGGUGUUUCUAUUAAUAAAAUGAUGGAACAUUCGUCAAAAAUACCUACACCUGUACAUCAAAUAGUUAUUGAUCCACAAAAUGGUAGAUCACUUAAAGAGCAAAAAGUAUCUCAUCUGCCAGUCAAAAAAGAUAGAACACUCUCACCGGCAUAUCGAUUACAAAAGAGACAUGAAAGUAGUGAACAUGUGGUAACUCGCUCAACAAAUAUUGCCAAGAGAAAUGCCAAUUUCCGUGGAAAACGACUUAGUGUUCCUGUGAUGUCUUGCAUCAAUGUUGAUAUAAAGAAAGAUGCAAAUGGUAACCUUGUAAAGUUUGCAGCAAAAAGACCACAAUCUUGUUAUGUAGAUGGAAAUCAAAUUGUUUUGUCAGAAAUAAAAACUGAAAAAUCUUUGUCUGAUGAAUCAUUAGAUAAGAAUUCCAAAAAUAAACCUUUAAGCCGUCUUCCAAUAAGAAAAUCGCAAGGUAAAUAAAAAUAAAAAAUACAGUUUUCCAUUAAGUUAUAAAACGAAACCAAUGAUCUUAUGCCAAAUUGAAAUAUUUUAACUGUGAUAAAUUCAGUAUACGCACAACAAAUUGUAUUGUAGGUACAAAGCAGUUUUAAUUUUAAACAUAUAUUUUAACUUUUAAUUACCUUACAUAUCAUAAGUUAAAUGAAUCUAAGUAUAAUAUUAUUACCUUUUACAGUAUUUAAAACAUUAAGAUGAGCUAAUAUAUUCUUAGUUAAUUUAAAAGUGUAAUGUUUUUAUGGAAGAAGUUCAAAUUACUUUUUUGUUUUUAUAUUUUGAUUCUGAUAUAUUAAAUGUAUAAGCCUAAUUAACCUAAAGUUAUAUUUUUGUAAAAAUUAGUUUGUAAUUAACUUUUAAUAAGUGCAUAUUGUGGCUUGUUAUAUUGUCUUUUACUACUAAUACAACAGUAAACAUUGUACAGUACAACCUCGAUUAACCACCCCUCAAUUAAGUAAAAUCUUACCACCUUAUAUGCUUGCUAGUUUAUCCGAAACUUUCUGGCAAUAUCAACUAGAUAAAUGAUAUAUACAUUUUAUGUGUGAUAUUAAAACUGAUCUUUGUACUGAAAACUCAGUUGAUCAUAAUUAUUGAAAAAAUAAUAAUUAAUACAUAUGUUCUAUGUUUAAAAAGGUUUGCUUCUUGUUAAGCCGUCUUUGAUUAUCCAUCAAGGCUCCUGGCCUGGCUCGAGACUAACAAUUAAUAGAGGUUCUACUGUACAAGUAUAAUUUAAAAAAUAUAUAAUUAGAACAAAAAAAAUAGAGUUUAAAAUCAGAUAUUGAAAUUAUUUAUAAUUAGUUUAUAACCAGCUGACAAAACCUUAGUUAUUUUAAUUUUACAACAAUGUCAUUGUGCCCAUUUUCUAUAGCAGCGUUUCCUAAACUUUUUCGUCUUACGGCGCCCUUUUGGAAUUGAAUUUUUCUCAUGACAAUUUUUUUUUAGAUAAAAUAAUGAAUAGAACAUUUUAAAUUUAUUUUUGGAUAACAUAAGGAUUAGUAUUGCGGCGCUGCUGUGCAUACUUUGGGAAUCGCUGGUCUAUAGAGUUAAAACCGUUCUAUAACCUGAAAUCUAAGUAUCUUAUAUAUUGUUCACUGCAAAAUUUUAACUGAGGAUUUAAAAAAUAUAUUGUAAAAUCAAAAUUUAAAUUGUUUAAAUAAAUAUUUGUAUUAACCAAUAUUUCAUGGUCAUGAUUAUUACUUAUUAUUAUUAUUAUUUAGGUCAUUAGAUUGUUAAAACUGGUUUUUUAAGUUUCUGGUAUUAAUCGUGAUUGCAGUGUUGGAUAAUAAAAAAAACCUAGACUUAACCUAUAUCAUUAUGCAUUGUAUAUUAAUGUUUAAAUUACAAUAGGAAACCGAUGAGUCCAUUUGUAUGAAAUAAAUAUAACCAAAAACUGGUUUUUAAAUCCUGAAAUUGAAUAAUAAAAGAAUUCCAAAAGAUUUUUGCAAGUGUAUACAGUAUUAUAGUAUAUAAAAGACAAAAAUAAUAAAUCCUAAUUUCGCAUCUUAUUGUCAGAAUAUUUAGGUAUUAAUAAUUCUUAACGUUAUACUGAAUAUUAUGCUCGUUAAAAAAUUAAAUAAAUAAUAAUGUAAAUUUAAAUGACUAAUUAGUAUAAGUUGUUAAAUGUUUACAAAUUUAAUUAUUUUUAUAGUGUGUAUUCAAACAUUUUAGAAUUAUAAUUUGAAUAGAGAAGAUAUUAGCUUAUCUUAGACAGGUUUAUUUACUGUACAAUAUUAAAAUUGUUAUUUCUUUGAUAGAUUGUUAUUGUUAUAUAUAUAUGUAUAGGAAAUUGGUACUAUAUAACAAUUUUGAUGACGAGUUAAAUCAUUAUAAUUUAUUUUUAAUUUUGAAUACCAUUUUGGUAUAACAUAUGUAGAAAUCAUCAUAUUUAUUAAUUUCAUGAGUUGUAGUUUAAUUAUUAUAACCAUUCUUAUUUUGUUGAAAAUUAUACCUAAUUAUUGAUAACUAUUAAUAAUAAUUAUAGAACUAUUAUUUCUUUAAAAUUGAUAAAAUAUAUUUUUUAUACAGAUUAAUGAUCUAUAAAAAAUUAAAUUUUUAUAGAAAGCUAGCAUUGUUGAUGAAAAUAUAUAUAUGUUAUAUUUAUGAUGGAAUAUGAUUAAAGAAUAAAUUAUUGGUAUUAUAAUGUCAAAAUAUUUUUCUGAUUGUACGUAUUUGAAAAUAAAGACUGUUUAAUUAAUAUUUAAAUUUUUAAGUGAGAUUUAGUACCUUUUUCUAAGAUAUGUAUAUGAUAUGUUCAUGUGGUACCUCUGAACUUUGAUGAUAAAUUUUGAUAGAAUAAGCAAUCUUAUUAUAUGUUUGAAGUUUGAACUAUUCCCCUUGUAUUUUUAUAAUUGUAAAAUCAAAUUAUCUGUGCAAUUUUUCAUAUUAUUUAUACCUAGUUAUAGUUUAAUUAUGUGUUUAAAAAUUAUUUAAUUUGUAGUAGUAACGAAAUUGUAACCAUAUUAAGUAACAAAUUAUUUAUUUUGUAGUAAAAACCAUAAUAUUGUUAGCAUUGGAAGAGUUUUGAAAAAUGCUGUUAUGUUAAUUAAAAAAAUAUAUAUAUAUUGUAAUUGUUUUAUAUUUAUUGUUUUGAUCUUGGUUUGUUAAAGAAUUUUGUCGUUUUUAUUGCAUAUUUACUUAAAGAGAAAAACUCUUAUUAUAUUUUUGUUUAUAUAUAAUAUUGUUCUUGUCAUAAAUUAGUGUUUAUUAUAAGCUUGGGGGAUACAUUUUUAUGAAACAUGAAAAAAUAAACAAAUGAGUUAUCUCUGUCUCACGCAAGCGUAAUAAUAUAUAGUAAAUAUUCUAAUCAAA